AUGAAUGGGCAAUGGCAUAUUCAACAUCAACUUGAACUUCUAUCUGCACCAACGACAGUACAAUAUCAUAGGAUAGAUACAUAUUCAUCGAUCGUUGAAGGCGUGCAACGUGUUAGACGAGUUUUGGCUGGCGACUAUCAAAUAGAGAAAGAAAGAUUAAUCCGAGCAUGUUACUCGAAUGAUAUUGAGACGGUACGAUGGUUACUGGAAAAUGACGACGUCAGUCCAAAUGAUCUGAGAAAGGGUAUCAAUCGAUCAGUCUUGCACGAAGCUGUCUUGCAUAGCAAUGGUCGGGCACUCGUUCGUCUCUUGUGUCAACAUGGUGCUGAUCCGAAACAACGCGAUUCAUUGGGUCGUACUCCUCUUCAUUAUGCAGCUAGUUACGGACAUUUGGAUAUUCUUAUCGAAUUGAUGCAUUUUAUACAAGUUCGCGUAUCAACGCUGACAGAUUUGGAAGGUCGUUGUCCGUUAAUGUAUGCUUGUGGUGAAGGUCAUUUAGCAGUCUGUCGAUGGCUAAUCGAAUAUGGUGAUGCUGAUUAUCAUCGACAAGAUGAUCAUGGUCGUUCUGGUCAUUCAUAUGCAUGUCGUAAUGGACAUGCAUCCGUUGUUGAAUGGCUAUUGCCAAUCUUACCUCCCGAGCCAACCAAAACAGGUUGGCAUCCACUUCAUUAUGCUUGUGCAGCAGGACACUUUGACAUUGUCAAAAUUCUUCUACAAUAUGAUAACGAAAAUGCACAUUUAGUGACGAAUUCCGGUCAUUCGGCACUGUUCAUGGCAAUGCAUUCGCCAACAAACGGUUUUGAAAUGAUGAAAUACUUGCUAGAUUCACAUCGGUCAAUUCAAUUAACCGAACAAGACAUUGAUGAUCUAAACUGUGACAAGUCAUUGAUUCUAUUACUUGCUCAACGUCGUCAUUCGCUCACUUAUCUAUUUAGAAUUCUUCAUCGAAUUGAUUAUUACUUUCCAUUACUUCGUCUUCUUCUACUUAGUGAACAUACAUUUACUUUCGAAGAUUUGCUUUUAAUUCCUUACCAAGAUCAUCAAGCAUUUGUGCGUCAUCGUUUACAAAAUCCAUUAAAGUUAAAACAAAUUCUGCGCUGUAAGAUACGAAAAUCACUCGACACAAGUAAUACAAUUGAUGUAUUAGAAAUUAGUCAAAAUUUGAAAAAGUUUAUUCGUUUCGAACAUAUGUAA